UAUAACAUAACUAAGAACGUUUAUUUUGUUUUAAAUAGUUCAUUACUUUUUUAAUGAUACCUUUAGCUAAUAAUUAUUGAAGACACCUAAUCAAAAAUAUCUACUGAGUUAGUUUGAGAUUAAAUAUAUACCUUGUAAUCGACCGUUGAAAAUGUAUUACAAUAGUUGGAUAAUUUAAAUAAUUACAGUUGAACUUGUAUUUAAAGACAGCAACAUACAAAUAUUUGUACAAUAGUUAACAAAAAGUACUCCAAUUGUAAAUUUUAAUAAUUUUAUAACUUUAAAUUAUACUGUUCGUUUUCCUAUUUAUUUUUUAAAAAAUGAUUGCUAUUGAGAAGGAUUCUUUAUCUUUAAUUAGAUUAGUAUUAGCAUUUAGUAUUAUGUACUUUCAAAUAGUAUUAAAAGGAGUCCAAACUGGGUUUUCUAGUGUUAUGAUAUCUCAGCUUCGUGAUGACAAUUCGGACAUCAAAAUAAAUUCUAAUCAAAUAUCAUGGAUAGCAAGUUCUAUUUUUUUGACAUGUCCCAUUGGUGCAAUAAUAUCUGGAUGGAUUAUGGAUAGAUAUGGUCGUUUACGAAGUAUGCAACUAUCAAUGAUACCUUUAAUUAUAUGUUUUAUGUGGUUAUGGCUGGCGAAGUCUAUAACCGAUUUAUAUAUUGCGAGAAUCACAGUUGGCUUAACAUUAGGAUCGGGUGCUAGUGCAAUUUGUUUAUAUAUUUGUGAAACGUGUACACCAUCAAGCCGUUCUUUUUUCUUAUCUCUAUUCAACAUUAAUCAAGCGUUAGGGAUGAUUUUGUCGACAGCACUAAUGGGUUGGAUGACAUGGCGUUCCACGGCUGAGGUGUUUUUUAUCGUUACCGUAGUAUUGACCGUGUUACUUUUUUUGGUACCCGAGUCGCCAGGAUGGUUGUUAAACAAAGGCCGACAAGAGGAAUCCGCCAAAAUAUGUAAGUGGUACGGAGUUCCUACUCCAGAUAUAUCUUCAAUGUCAACAGCAGAGAAUAAACCACAUAGAAUUAGUCUAAAAACGUUGACAAGACCUGAGGUGUGGAAACCAGCUACACUUUCUGUGACGUUUUUCUUUUUGCAAAGCGCUACAGGGUUCUCUUCAUCUGUCAUUUACCUCGUAGACUAUACCCACAGAUGUAAAAUUCCGUUUGAUUCUGUUAAUGCAGCUAUUGUGUUGUCUGUAGUUCGUCUUAUCGGAUCAUCCAUUAACUCAUUUAUACUUUUUAACUUAAAAAAAAAGACGCUAAUUUGUAUUUCAGCUCUGGGGAUGGUCGUAUCUACUGCUACUAUAGCGACAAUGCUGAGAAUUUAUGAAGAUCCUUUACAAUCGCCUUUUCCUUGGCUCACAUUUGCAUGUCUCUGUGUGUACGUUUUGUCAGCUAUGUUGGGUGUUUCGCCACUACCUUUCACGUUUAGUUCUGAGGUAUUUCCUACGUCAGUUGGUGGAGUUAUGAUGGGCAUAACUAAUUCGAUUGCUUUUGGUUUUAUGUUCCUAGCCUCAAAUUCAUUUCUUAUGAUUGUUGACGCUAUUGGUAUGGAAAUGUAUUUAUGGUUAUGCAUGGGAUUUAGUGUCGCCCUUGUUUUAUUCGGUUGGUUUUUAUUGCCUGAAACUAAAAACAAAACCAAAGACGAAAUCACUGAAUAUUUUAUUAAAAAAAAAAACAAUAACAUUAGAGACGCUUGAAAACAUGACAAAGUAAUUUGAGUAAAAUGAUAAAAGUAGUGAUAAAUUAACUGUCACUCGUUAUGAAGGUACAAAGUAAAUUACGAGUGUUAUGCACUUCCUUUUGGGAAAAUAGAUUUUCAAAAAUAUUUCCUUGAGUGAAAACCGUUUCUUACAGACCAUAAAGAUUUACGAAACAAGUUUCUGUGCAAUACACUUAAUAUACUUAAGGUAAAAAAAAAAACAAGUGAAGUACUGAUAUUUAAAUUUAAAACGAAA